AUGCCUCGACGUCGAGCAGAACUUGAUGACGGAUUAGAUUCUUCAGAAGAUAGUGAAAAUGAGACGCUUGAAAACUUAGAUCCCUUAUUGCAAGAGGAAGCUCAAUUGUUUAAAGAUCCUGUUCGCUAUCAUAAGCGCCGUAAAUUUACUCAAGAAGAAGCUUACCUUGGAAUUUGGGCCGAACGCGAUGACGACGAAGACGUAGGUUCAGUUCGAAGGAAAGGUGAUGUACAAUUUGUUGCUUCAACUUCAAAAGCGAUACUAUCUACUUCAGUUGAGGACGAUGAACUUGAGGAGGAUGAUCUUGAGGACAAUGAUUUUGAUGACAAUGGUCUUGAAGACGAUGAUCUUGAUAAUGAAGAUAAAAAUUUUGGAAAAUUUGAACAGCAUACGAAAGGAAUUGGCUUUAAGGAUUUUGGAAAUUUUGAUCAGCAUAAGAAAGGAUUUGGCGUAAAGAUUGAUAAAGAAUUUGGAAAAUUUGAACAGCAUACGAAAGGAAUUGGUUUAAAGCUUAUGCAGAAGAUGGGCUAUAAAAUAGGAGAAGGUCUUGGAGUAGAGGGACGUGGUAUAACAAAACCAAUUGAAACAAAGUUGCGACCUCAGAAAAUGGGAUUGGCAUAUCGUGGUUUCGAUGAAAAGACAGAUCAAGUAAAAAAGGAAAGGCAAGAAGUCGAUAUUCACGAAGAAGAUCUCAUCAAACAAAUGCCAAAAGUAAAGAAGAAUGCAUGGAAAAAAUCUACGAAAUCAAAGAAAAUAAACAUUGAAUAUAAGACGGCAGAUGAAAUAAUGAACGAGGCCACAUCGACAACUCCUGUACGGCCUAUUAAAAUUAUAGAUAUGACAGGUCCACAGACUCGUGAAUUAUCAUCUGCGAGUCAGAUCACCUCUCUUAUCAUCCCAGAUUCAUCUACGCGUCUUCCGGAACUUCGUCAUAACCUUCGACUAAUUGUAGAUAUGUCAAAGGCGGAUCUUGAACAUUUUACUAGAGAGAGAAGGAUACAAAAUGAACGGACCAAGGCCCUUGAAAGGGAUGUAGACAGAGUAACUGUAUUAAUAGAGGAUGAAGCAGCACGUAUAAAUCGACUUAAUGAUAUCAUGUCUAUUGUCAAAGAAUGCAAUAGACUACUUACGUUAACUAUAUCUAGUAACUCCCCUUCGUUACAACUUUUUAUGGAGCCAUUUGAGAAGUUGCAAACGAAAUAUUAUGAUGAAUAUGCAUUAUAUGAUUUGGAUACUGCAGUUAUUGCAAUAGUAGCACCAGUGUUCAAACAAUACAUGACGUUUUGGGAUCCAUUAGAAAAUCCUAAGCUUGGAUGGUACGAGUUUCAAAAAUGGAAAGGAUUAUUAAAAACAACAAAAAUAAUGCUAUCAGAGAAUGAUCGUAUAAGAGGGGAGUUGUCAAUGACACCAUAUGAGAGUAUGAUGUACAAUAUUUGGCUUCCGAAAGUCAGAUCAGCAAUAAAUAAUACUUGGAAUGCGAGAGAUUAUGAUCCAGCAAUUAAGCUACUUGAAAGUUGGCAACCACCGCUACUUCCAGUAUUCAUUUAUGAAAACAUUAUAAAUCAACUAAUUAUGCCAAAAAUAACAAGAGAAGUUGACGCAUGGAACCCUAAAACGGACAAUGAGAUGAUUCAUCAAUGGCUACAUCCUUGGCUUCCUGUGUUAGGUGAACGUAUGGACCCAUUGUACGUAACAAUACGCCAGAAGUUCCGUGUAAUUUUACAAAGUUGGGAUCCUAUAGAUACAAAAGCGAUGGCCAUCCUAUAUCCAUGGAAAAAUGUUUUUACACCGGAAGACAUGCAAUUAUUUCUUGUCAAAUCUAUUUUACCAAAGCUUUCUGAGAUGAUACGAACAAGAUUUCAAAUCAAUCCUAGAAAACAAGAACUAGGAAUCUUUAAUUGCGUGAUGAGUUGGAGACAUAUGUUUACUUCAGAAAUAUUUGGACGAUUAUUUGAGACAGCUUUUUUCCCAAAGUGGUUAGAUGCUUUAUAUACAUUGUUAACGCACAACCCAGAUUAUAAUGAAAUAAAAGAAUGGUAUCGAUUUUGGAAAUCGCUGUUUCCUCCGGAAAUGCUUUCCGAUUUAACCGUUGAAGCACAAUUCAUAAAAGGGUUAAAUAUGAUUGAUGAGAGUAUCUCAUUAGGAAAUGAAUCUGCUAGCAGAUUGCCACACCCAUCUAAACAAAGCGAAAUUCCGGAUUCAGAACAAUUCUUUUCAUCAACCAAACAUACGAUACUCACUGAUGACGCAGAAAUUACAUUUAAAGAAAUUGUGGAAGAAUUUGCAGAAGAAGAAAAUCUUUUGUUUCUUCCAUCUAAUAAACAUCACAAAAUCUCAGGAAAACCACUUUAUCGUAUUGGACGUAAUUCAGGAGGCGCUGGCGGGUUAACACUGUAUUUAGAUGAUGAUGUUAUGUAUGUUAAGCAAGGCCUUGAAUGGUUACCCAUGGGCUUUGACGAAGUACUGGAGAAGCUAGCGUAG